AUGAGCUACUACGGCAGCUACUACGGAGGCCUGGGCUACGGCUAUGGCAGCUUCGGUGGCCUGGGUUAUGGCUAUGGUGGCUUUGGUGGCCUGGGCUAUGGCUGUGGCUACAGAGGCUAUGGGUGUGGCUGCUGGCGUCCAUGCUGCUAUGGAAGAUACUGGUCUUCUGGCUUCUACUGA